AUGCCUAAUAUUGCCUUAACUCCUUCAAGUGUCUCAUCGAGGGCAGUGAUCUCCGCAGAUCGGUUCAAAACACAGCCUCAAUUUGAGGAAGUUUUCGAAAUACUCUUCCUCGUGAUUACUAACGUGCCGUCAGGAUGGAAAUAUUUCCUCUGGGAAGUCGAGGCGGAUCUCCCUUGUAUUCGAAAAACCUAUAACCCAGAGAGGCGUUCUUUACGGCUCAAAAUCAGGCCAUCUGAUGCCCACAAUUGUAUUGCAGAAUGGAUUUCAGCCCCAAUUUCAAGAUGUGGGACAGGCUUCCUAAACCUAGUAGAGCUAGACCUUCUCCUUCUACAAGCAGGCACAACACUGUCAUGCCCCGAUCUCCGAAAGGAGCCAGAUGCUUUUCUCUACACCCCAUCGCAGCCCUUUCCAACUUUUAUCGCAGAUGUUUGA